AUCGCAGCAGAGGAGGCAGAGGCCCUGGCGGGGGUGCACGGGCGCAUGCUGCUGCUAUGGGUGGCAAUUCCGAGGAGGAAGAGGGAGACGCAAGGAGGGGUGCGCAAGAGGAUGGGGCACUACGGCACAAGGCAGUCGCCGCUGCAGCAGCCGAAGCAGCAGCGGAUGCUGCAGCAGGAGUCAUAGCAGCAGGAGUCACAGCCGCAGGAGUCACAGCCGCAGGAGAUCCACACCAGCAGCAAGGGGAGCAUAAGGCAGGAGACCACCCCACCGCCCUCCACCACGCCACAUCCCUCCAGCCCCUCCUCGCCCACGCCUCUCCGCUCUCCCCUCCCACCCCUCCCAGCCGCCUGCGCAAGUUUCUGGCAGUGCACCACACCAUCCACCUCUUCUACUGGCGCAACACCUCGCACUCCCUCAACCGCAUUGUGCAGUCCGCCAUCCUGGGGCUGCUCAUAGGCUCGCUCUUCUUCCAGUACCGUGUGAACAAUCUUCUGCAGGCCACCACGGCCCAUGCAUUCCCCUUUGCCGUGCUGGCGUUUGGCACGACGUGCCAUGGGGCACAGCCGUGGGGCUGAUCAACCAGACGAAGAAGAUCUUCGCCAAGGAGCGCGUUUACAACCAGCACUUUUUGCAGAUUUAUACAGUGGCUCACACGCUAGUGGAGAUCCCCCCUCUGCUCCUCACCUCCCUCGCGCUGGUCAGCGUGGCAGCGCCGCUGGCUGGCCUGGCGGUGGGCAGCGCGGGCACCUUCUUCUCCUUCGGUCUCACCCAGUUCCUCGCCGCCCUCGCUGUCACCUACUUUGGCUUCCUGCUCUCCGUGCUGCUGCCCCAACCCAAGUACGCAGCAGUGGUGAUUUCAUUCCUUAUCACAGCAUGGGUGGCCACGUGCGGCUUCUUCCUGCCCUUUGCCUUCACCAAGCACUUCUUCCUCGCAGUCUACUGGACCAACCCCAUUCAGUACGCCCUCAACGGGCUCACAGCAGCAGCCUACUACUGCAACACAGCGGCACCAGAGUGCACCCUCCCAGGCUGCCCCGGCGCCGCCCCUAUCUGCGCCAGCUGCCCCUGCAAGUGGUACCUCAACCCUGUCAAGGGACCCGAGUACCUCUGGGAUUUCCUCGUUGCCACCAGGUCCGCGCGCUCCGCAGUGUACUGGGACUGGCUCUUCCUGCUCUGCUUCUGCCUCGUGUGCCGCAUCGGGUCCUUUGCUGCUCUCCGCUUCCUCCGUCACAACCGCUAGCCCAUAUUGGGCUGAGAACAGCCAGGGAUCUUUGGCAGAGACGAAGUCCUUCAGUAGAUAGGGUGCUUAGUAGCAUAGCGGAAAUCCGAGUUGAACCCUUGUACUGGUAUAUGAGAGCAAAUGAUUGAUGAUAGCAAGGCAAUACCGUACAAGGGUUUAUAACGUUUUACAAGAGAAUACGAAACAUCG